ACCUGGGCACCGUGAUCACUAUGCCGGUAAGCGGCAUCCUGUGCGACUCGCAGCUCUUGGGUGGCUGGCCUCUCGUUUUCUACGCAACGGGCGCCAUAGGCAUUCUGUGGUACAUCCCUUGGCUGCUGUGCGUCUUCGAUACUCCCGCACAGCACCCGCGCAUCUCCCAAGCUGAGAGGCGUUUCAUCGAAACGGCACUGCAUCGAACCGGACAAAAGAAGAAACUCCCAAUACCAUGGAAGAAAAUUCUGGCAACUCCUGGACUAUGGGCCUGUGCUUCCAUGCACCUUGGUAUUGGUUGGAAUUUCUUUGGCCAAAUUACAUACUUGCCUUCUUAUAUGGGUGAAAUUCUUCACUACAAAAUUGAAAAUAAUGCUGCAUUGUCAGCGAUUCCGUAUGUUUUGGGUGGUUUAUCUAGUUUAGCAAGCACUAUUACUCUUGAUGCAUUGAUCACAAGAAAAAUUGUUAGACCUCUUACUGGUUUCAAGAUCUUCAAUGCCAUGACUGGUGUGGGUGCUGCCAUCACCCUUGCCCUUCUGCCUUUGGCUGGCUGCAAUCGCAUUUUAAUAAACGUCCUUCUUGCUCUAAAUGGUAUAAGCUUGGGAGCUCAAUAUGCAGGAAAUGGCACAAAUUUAUUAGUUCUCGCCCCAAAUUUUGCUGGAACUAUGUAUGGUAUCUCUAAUACAAUGGCCAAUGCCGCUGGCAUUCUUGCUCCAUACGCUGUUGGAUUUCUGACUUAUGGAAAUCAAACACGUUCUGCUUGGAACAUCAUGUUCUACAUUUCUGCUGCUAUUGGUGCUCUCUCGUUCAUUAUUUAUUGGGUAUUAUGCUCUGAAGAGGAAGAAGCUUGGAAUAAUCCACUACCUUUGGAAGAAGUAACUUCUGGAGACAACAAUAACAAAUCUAAGGAGAAUGGCUCAAACGAAAAAUCACAUGAAAAUAAAGCGUAUGAACCUGAUGCAUGAGUGAGAAAUGAUAUCCAAUCCUCAUUUUUUGCCAAAGAUCUACAUUUUAAUUUUAUUCUAAUAUCAAAGCAUCUUGGUUUUAGAUGCAUUUUAUACAUAGAAAAAAUCUCAUGUAAAUAAAACGUUUUUGUGAGAAUGUGUGUGUUUUUUGUGUAUAUAUAUAUUGUAUAUAAGAUGAAAUACAUUCUCAG